AUGAACAGCAAGGAAGCCGGGGGUGGCUACCCAGGUACUCCUCCUGAUGACACCAAGCAUGAUCCAGAAAAGCCGAGCGACAAUGCACAAUUCGGUGUGCAAAAAAUAGAAGCCGUGACUAUGGCAUGGUCGAAGGCAUCAUUAGCUACAGUACUUAUUCUCAUCUGGCUCUUGACGCUUGUCAACGGCUUCAAAUCCACGGUCGUCGCUACUUUGAAUCCGUUCAUCACGAGCUCCUUUCAAGCCCACUCGCUUUUGACAUUAAUCACGAUUGUCGCGGGAUCCAUCACUUCGGCGAUCUAUAUCCCAAUGGCCAAGAUGUUGGACGUGUGGGGUCGUGCUGAAAGCUUUCUCCUCAUGAUGGCUCUUUGCAUUCUUGGUUUGGUGCUUAUGGCGGCCUCACAUAACCUUGCUACGUACUGCGCCGCGGAGGUUUUCUAUACAAUUGGGUUCGGAGGUCUGAGUUACACUUGGGAUGUCCUGGCUGCCGACGUGACGAACUUGCGGAACCGAGGAUUAGCAUUCGCUUUUACCUCGUCUCCCGGCAUCAUCACCGCCUUCGCAGGAUCAAAGGCGGGGGCAGGAUUCUAUGCCAAUGUCAAUUGGCGAUGGGGCGUUGGAUGCUGGGCCAUUGUCUUUCCCUGUGUGGCGUUGCCGCUGUAUGCCGUUCUGGCGUGGAACCUGCGCAAAGCGCGAAAGGAGCAAAUCGUUGUCCGCGAGAAAAGCAACAGGAGCAUCAAGGAGACAGUCUGGUGGUGCAUUACAGAGUUUGACUUGCCGGGAGUUUUCCUACUGGCCGCCGGCGUCGUCAUCUUCCUCCUUCCCUUCACUCUGGCCACCACCGCACCAAACGGAUGGAAGACCGGCUACAUCAUCGCCAUGAUCGUCGUCGGCUUUGUUCUUCUAGUGGUUUUCUUCCUCUAUCAGGUCUAUCUGGCUCCCGUGCCAUUCUUGAAGAACCGGUUCUUGCUCGACCGCACCGUGCUGGGCGCAGUACUCUUGGAUAUGACCUACCAGGUCUCAUAUUACUGCUACGCCUCCUACUUCUCAUCAUUCCUCAUGGUCGUCUACAAUUUGGACAUGGCAUCCGCCGGUUACGUCGUGAACACCUUCAGUGUGGUAUCCUUCGUGUUUCUGUUUAUUGCGGGGUACUUAAUCCGUCUGACUGGGCGCUUCAAGUGGAUCCUAUGGUUCUGCGUGCCUCUCUACAUCUUCGCCCUUGGCUUGAUGAUCCACUUCCGCCAACCAAACGGCUACAUCGGUUACAUAGUUAUGUGCGAGAUUUUCUUUUCCGUCUCAGGGGGUAUCUUUAUCCUCUGCGUGCAACUGGCCGUGCUCGGGGUCGUCGAUCACCAGCACGUCGCUGCCGUACUGGCCUUCCUCUACGUGGCCGGAGGUGUCGGUGGCUCCAUUGGUAGUGCGAUCUCCGGCGCCAUCUGGACCAACACCUUCGAAAAGGCCCUCAAGCGCUAUCUCCCGGCGUCGGCGCAGCCGGACUUGCAGACCAUCUACGGAAGUCUGCCGGCGCAACUUGCCUAUCCCGUUGGCAGCGAGGAGCGGUUGGGAAUCCAGAGGGCGUAUGGUUAUGCGCAGACGAGGAUGCUGGCUGCUGCGACUGCUUUCAUGGUCCUGGGCUUCGUCUGGGUCGGGAUGAUGAGGAAUAUCAAUGUCAAGAAUAUGACGCAGACCAAGGGGAAUGUACUUUGA